AUGAACAACAACGAUUUUACACAAUAUCAUUCCACUAAUGGUGCAGCAGUUGGUUUAAAUAUAAGGAAUAAUCAAUUUGCUGUUGGUGUUGAUAAUAAAAAAAAUAUUAUAAAUAAUUCUAGUAUACAUGAUAAGAAAUCACCAGAAUAUGUCGAAUUUACACAAAAAUGUGUACAAGCGAUACUUGAGGUUAAUUAUGAAUUGAUCCGAGCCUGUAUUGAAUAUCAAAAACAAGGAUGGGCGCGUCUUCGAUCGAAUCUAUCAUAUCUUGCCACUAUAGCCGAUGAACUUAAUGGAAAUCCUUCCGGAAAUGUGAUAAAAUCAGUAAAUCUACCAGAUUUAACACCUUUACCUAUUCCACGCGGCUUAGUCGGACAAAAACUUAAUAGUCUUAUUCAACAAGCUGUACAGAUUUUUUCUGAUCAUAAAAAAUUCCAUCCAAAUAACUCAAGUGUUAUAAUAAAUUCAAUUAAUAAUCAUAACACAAAUAUAAACAAUAACAUCAGCAAUAAUAAUAACAAAGUUAUUAAUUCAAAUAUUAUGGCAAAUACAAAUUCAUCAUCGUCGUCAUCAUCACAACAAUAUAAAUUAAGCCCAAACAAUGCUAUGGCACAACAAUUCCAACAAAAUCAAUCCGCACAGCAACAACAGAAUAUGACAGAUUAUAAUGCUGCUAUAAUGGCAGUUGCAGCAGCAACGAAUCAAGAUAGAUUUCCUACAGGAUUUAUGACUACUGCUGAUGCCGUUACAAAUACAGGGAUUGGCAAUACAGGAUAUAAUCCUACAAAUGCUUAUCAUAUGGUGAGAUAUCCAAGUACAAAUAGUGAUGGUAUUAGUAGUAGCGAGGAUGGUAGUGUUGUAGGAGUAGGAGGUAGCGGCAACAAUAUGAUUGCUGGAAAUCUUUUAGUAGGCAAUAGUUUAGAAAACAAUGUUAUUGGAAUAAAUGAUUUAGCAGCAGUUAAUGGAUUCGGAAAUAGUGGGAUUCCAAGCAGUACAAUAGGUAAUAUAUAA